ACUAACAACCAUGAGUGAGUUUAUUUGAUAUGUCUAUCAGUCUAUGACAAAGUUGGCACCAGCCUCUUUGGAAAGAUCUAUUAUCUAGAUUGUUUCGGACAGCAUAAACAUCAUCACCCGCCAAAUAUAAUCAACGAUUAAAGGUCAACGUUCGCACUUUGUAAAAAGUCAAAGCCUUUUCGGUUGUAAUGAAAACGCCGACUCGUCGAUCGAAGAAGCGGGUUGAUGAGGAAUCGGGAGGGCCCAAUGUUACAAACCCCCGAGUAGCAGUAGUCCUACGGACACGAAAGACAAAAAACUGUUCCAAGAGUCGAGCCGUUCGGGUCAAACCCGAAGACCCAAAGUCCCCCACCACCUCCGACUCCGAGAUGAAGCUAAUGCCUCCUGAGUUCUUUCAAAUCGACGCCCUUGAUCUUGCGCCACGUUUGCUUGGGAAGUUCCUAAGGAGAGACAACGUCGUGCUGCGAAUUACUGAGGUAGAAGCUUAUAGACCAAAUGAUUCAGCUUGCCAUGGACGAUUUGGGAUCACUCAACGGACGGCACCAGUUUUUGGACCAGGAGGACAUGCUUAUGUUUAUCUAUGUUAUGGUCUCCAUAUGAUGCUCAAUAUUGUUGCUGAUAAGGAAGGUGUUGGAGCUGCUGUUUUGAUACGGUCUUGUUCUCCUGUUUCCGGACUUGAGACCAUACAGGAGCGCCGUGGCCUGAAAACUGACAAACCCGUUCUUUUAAAUGGACCAGGAAAGGUGGGACAAGCGCUUGGACUCUCAACAGAAUGGUCUCAUCAUCCACUUUAUUCUCCGGGAGGAUUGGAGCUUCUGGAUGGAGGAGAAGACGUGGAGAAAAUAGUGGUUGGUCCUCGCGUUGGAAUAGAUUACGCAUUGCCUCAACAUGUCAAUGCCUUGUGGAGAUUUGCUAUUGCAGACACUCCAUGGAUUAGUGCUCCUAAGAACACUCUUAAGCCUCCUCUCUAACUUCCAACUCAAAACUUCUUUUUGUUUUGGACCUCUUCAUUGUAAAUACUAGAUAUACAUCUACAUGUAAAGUAAUAAUAACUCUUUGGUGUUGGUGGUGUAAUAUUGUUUAUACUGCUUUGCCAAAGAGUAUGAUUUA